AUGGAUACAGCGAGAGAUACGGAGAUAUACAAAGACAGAAACACAGAUCGGGGAGGGAGACAGAUGAAGAGAGAUACAGCGAGAGAUACGGAGAUAUACAGAGACAGAAACACAGAUCGGGGAGGGAGACAGAUGAAGAGAGAUACAGCGAGAGAUAUACAGAGAUAUACAGAGACAGAAACACAGAUUGGGGAGGGAGACAGACGAAGAGAGAUUCAGCGAGAGAUAUACAGAGAUAAACAGAGACAGAAACACAGAUCGGGGAGGGAGACAGACGAAGAGGGAUACAGCGAGAGAUAUAAAGAGACAGAAACACAGAUCGGGGGGGGGGGGGGGCGGGGAGGGAGACAGACGAAGAGAGAUACAGCGAGAGAUAUACAGAGAUAUACAGAGACAGAAACACAGAUCGGGGAGGGAGACAGACGAAGCGGGAUACAGCGGGAGAUAUACAGCUAUAUACAGAGACAGAAACACAGAUCGGGGAGGGAGAUAGAAGAAGAGAGAUACAGCGAGAGAUAUACAGAGAUAUACAGAGACAGAAAAACAGAUCGGGGAGGGAGACAGAUGAAGAGAGAUUCAGCGAGAGAUAUACAGAGAUAUACAGAGACAGAAACACAGAUUGGGGAGGGAGACAGACGAAGAGAGAUUCAGCGAGAGAUAUACAGAAAUAUACAGAGACAGAAACACAGAUCGGGGAGGGAGACAGACGAAGAGGGAUACAGCGAGAGAUAUACAGAGAUAUACAGAGACAGAAACACAGAUCGGGGAGGGAGACAGAUGAAGAGAGAUACAGCGAGAGAUAUACAGAGACAGAAACACAGAUCGGGGAAGGGAGACAGAUGA